AUGGGUGAUGAGGUCGACCUGCCAACCUUUUUAGGAAAUUUAGCCGACGAUGUAAAACGCGGUCAUUCCGUCUGCUUUCGACGCGUCGCGGCCGGUAACAAGGCGUGUUUACGUGCGGCGCUCACUCCCAACACCUUCAACACCCUAAUCAAGCACCUUCCGGCCCUGUCCACCGCGCCAAACCAUGCUCAGCAUGUACCAUAUGUAACACCGACACACCCUUCUAAUCUCGUCGCUCAUUCAUCCAAUCACACUACAAACUCAAUUUUAAUCCCUAAUACUUCAACUAAUCCGUCUCCCAUCGCAAUUUACUCUCCCAUUACAACAAUCUACCUCCGAGACGAUGGCCGCUGCCCCAAAUGUUAUCGGAGUAUCACACCUGCAGCGUGGAGCAAGCAUCUGGAUGGGCAAAGGUGUAGAGAUGGUGCGGAUGCCAUUGCAGCAAAGGAACUUGUCGAAACAACAGCAAACCUGCUACCAUCGUUGCCUCACCAGCCACAAGAACCGCCGCCGAACUGCUACAACUGUGCGGGAUUCAUCCUUGACUGGGAGAUAGGCGACUUCUGGGCAACGUACCCCCACCAAAUUCACGCUACAACAUCACCGCCAGUGGAUUUCUACAUCGAGCUGCGAGGGAGUCCGUGUGCCCGCUCGACUUCAUGUGCAGGACUCGUUAGCAUACCUGGACAGCGCUGUAACUUCUGCGCUGACCUUCCCUCAAAGCUCAAAACAAUUCAGGACCGUGCCGCAAAAACCCACGACCAUGUCCGGUCGACUCAGGACCUGAGCUGGCUACAAUUACGGAACAAGCUGGCCCAGCGGGACGCAGAUUUCAACGCGCUGAAACUGAAGUACCAGAAUUGCAAAGACUCGCUCGACGUUGCACGAACACGAGUGGGCCAUUUCACGGCCCUCCUUCAUUUCCUUCAGACGACACCGGUUCCCGCCCUGCAUCGACUUCUCGCCCAGGCCGGCACCGAAAAAUGGAGCACCGAGAAGACGUUGAAGCGUUGCCAGAUGGCUGUCGACGGAAAAUAUCGCCCGACAAACUUCUUUGGUUGGGAAAUCGACCUAGGAAUGAUUGUCUAUGAACUCGGGGGGCUCUCUGCCGUCCAUUCAUUUAGCAAAUCAGUUUAUGCGCUGCCCAGUCGGAAAACUCUGCAAAAAUAUCGCCGAGAGAAAGACUUACAGCCUGCCAUCUUCGGGCCUGACUUCACGCCAACAUACAAUAAUGUUGCGACUCAUUUUGGCGGUGCUCCUCCGACUCGACGCUAUCUCCAUACUGCUUCAUUCGACGAAAUUGCAAAAUCUCCGACAGUUGAUUACAUCUCUGAACUCGAUGCCAUGGGCGGGCUUUGCCUCGAGCAUCUUUUUCAUCUUCCUGAUGCCCGCAUCGGCGAAACAAUCACGCCUAUCGAAAUUGCAGCCCGCUUGGUGAAAGAGGGAAAAGUUCACAUUGCCGACUUGAUUUCUGUUGGUGCCAUAUCUCGCCUGGCUCGCGACAAUUAUGGCGCAAAGCCGGUCUACAUUGGCUCUUCAUGCAAGUUGGGUGACUGGAGGGAUGUUCUACGCGUUGUUCAAAAUGUGCUCGAAGCAUGGUCACGGUCACCAGACGGGGAGGUCAAGCAUGGUCCCAUUACGGCUGUUGCGUCGGAUGGUGACCCCAAGCGUCGAAUUGCUUUUUUUGUUCUUUGUAUGCAGAACGAGGUUAAGGAGGGAAAUCCAAUCUACGAGUUUGUCAAGGACUUAUACGGCCUCAACCUCUUCACAGGGAAGAACAACCUGACAAUGGAUUUUGACUUCAAGCACGAAGUCAAGCGCAUUUGUACGACUAUUCGUUCGCCUCAAGGCAUAGCAAUCAAGGGAAUCUGCAUCAACCGUGACCUUCUGCUGAUUUGGCUUGCGGAGAUUCCUGGAUAUGACUGGUCCGAGGUCUCAAUCCAUGCUCUCCUUAAUCCACCAGACGCUCAAGACGUGCCGCGCGCUAUUAAAUUGCUACUCGCCAUCAUUGACAUCCAAAAAAUCGACAAGGCUAGUCUUGACGCAACCCAGCAAGCUGAGUAUGAAGCACUCUGCUUGUUCGGGGAGAUGCUCGAUGCAUUAUUGCAGCCGUUCAUCAACACCACACUGACGCUGACGCACCAAGCUUGCUAUUUGAGCAAAUUCAGCUUCCUCCUCUGCGCGAUCUAUCUACAGCAUGGAACCUCGUUCAUUCCCAACCAGCUAUAUGGGGACCUCCAAGCGAUGGUCAAGAAUGCCAUAUUUCUCAUCGCAAAGACACGUGCAUUUGACCCCGACUUGGAAGUCUUUUUCUGUCUACUUGGUGACGAUGUGCUCGAAACACUGUUUGGCCGCAUUCGCAUGGUUGGGGGCCAUCAUCCCAAUUGCGGUCUUGCGGAAUUCUGUGCUCGCGGACGUUCAGCGAUGAACCUUGACGAUAUAUUUUCGCGGAACCCACAUCUCGAGCGAAAACCAGAACGCCUAAACUUCUUUCGGAUGCAGCAUGUCGAUCACCUUGGCCCCGCUCAAUGGAAAACAGAGCUCCGUGCUAAAAGCUGCGACCUGCGCUCGUGCUGGGAGUGGGCUGCGACCGAAGCCGAGGCCACACUUGCCAAGUAUAGCACAAAGCUUACCAUUCGGGAGCAAGGCCGCGACAUCUCUCUCACCUUCCGUGAAUUGUUCCAGCGCGACAAGACGGACCUGCUUCGACCCCGGGGAGGCAAGUAUCCAUCUAUUUCGGGUGCUGUGGACCGGUCGCUCGGUGAUGCUAGCACGACCGAUACCGCAGACAUCGACCUUUCCGGAGCCGCUUACAAAUUCACCGACCCUUUCGCUGGGCUUACGACCGCUGACAUUCUCGCUCGUGAGGCCAAAUUGCCCCUCAAUCCGCCUCAUUUAUGUUCUGCCUUUGCCCGCAUUGACAACACAUCUGAACGGCGCAUUCACAAGAGCUCCGCAGUCCGAAUCCUCUUUGACAUGUAUCACGACUUCGUCGAGGCUCAUGACCGACUUUCCCGCGUCCGUGGAUUCACUGCCGGUGGGACGCUGUCGUGGGCGCGUGAUAGUUCAGAGGGUGCCGUCGUUCUCUCUGCUGCUACCCAUUUCCAGCUUGGGCAGCUUUUCGUCACUCUGGUAUCCCAUAACGGAGUCGACAUUGGCCUGGCCGUCGUAAAGACGACUCUUAUCAAAGAUGGACGAAGCGGCAAGGCCAAAUCCAUCUCAGCCAUUCCCUUGGGUGAACUGCACCUCUCCGACUCAUCCUACAUCAUAUCUGGCCAAGUUCUAUCGCUCGUGGCCGUUCCACCUGGCCGCGACACUGGUGACACCUGGUCUUGGGCUUGGGACCAGGGUUUUGUCUCCCUCUCGCUGCUCAAAAAGGCAACAGCGACAGAUUCUGUGUCCCGUGUAGGUAACCUUCAGAUCUCGGUAUGCUCGCGCCUUGUGCAACCAUUCAGCGACUAUGCACAUGAGAUUAUGACCGAGAAUCUUUCCAUCGCCAUGCGUGCAACACGCGAGAAGACCUGGUACUUCUCGCAUGCUGACCUAUGCAAUGCUUGGGAGUCAAUCUGGCAACGAAUUGAAGCCGACCACUCGCUUCACAACAAGAUUUCUCGAUUCACAAAAGUAAUUGAUGGUCACUUCCCAUAUUCUAUUCGCUCAUCCAGUGUGUCUUCUGCAUUCGCGUUCUCACUCCCGGCAGCAGACACUGCUGUCUGCAAUUCAUUCCUUGACAAGACUGAGUGCGGAAUUUGCGCUGCGACAGUCAAACACGAGAAACGACAGCUCCAUAUUGGCCAGCACAUUCUCAAGCACCGGCUCAGUGUGCCCGAUGGUGCAGUCAAAACUGCGAUUUCCGCGCCAUAUCCUUGUGGGUUUUGUGGUGGUGAUGGGCUUGUCUGUAAGAUCAGUAUUGACUCUGGCAAAGCACAAUCCGACUGCCGCGACCACUAUCCGUUUCUUGUCUCCGCGAUAAGCAAGGUAACAAAUGCCAAUCCUUGCACUAACAUUCCUGUCAGUUGUCCGUUCUCCAACUGCGGUCAGGUCCACUGGAAGUACAACAUUAUUCAGCACCUCAACGAUCGACACCCUACCUGGCGAGACAUCAUUCGCGCCGACUCCAAGCUCAUUCCCGCACUCACCGUCUCGCGCGAAGAACAACUCGCGCUGGACAUCCCACUCAAUCACAUAACCGAGUGGCCCAUCUCAUGUCAAGGGUCAUAUCCACCCACCACUCUCUCGCCAUCCAAUCCCACAAAAACUAGACUGCGCGACAAGGAGAACCUUGACCCGAAUACUAGUAUACUCCGACCAAGCAAACGGCAACGACUUGAUUAA